AUGAGCACCGGAAAAGAUAUCAUUUGUCAAAAACUUCAAGUUCUGCUGGACCGUCGUCGCAAGGAGGGGCGGUUGUACGAGCCAGCCUCAACGGACGAAUUUGAAGGGACAGUGGACUUUGGGUCCAAUGAUACGCUGUCACUUUCAAGCUCCGGAAUCCUCACCCAGGCUUUUUUGCAUCAACUUGAAAGACACCCCCACUUCACUGUCGGAAGUACUGCCCCGCGUGCUUUCGAAGGCACAAAGCAGUAUCUGGUAGAUAUUGAGCGUGACAUGUCUCAUUUUCAUGGUGCUGAGGAUGGCCUGUUCUUCCCGUCUGGUUAUGAUGCGAACCUGGCCAUUUGGUCCUCGGUUCCGCAGCCUGGGGACUUCGUCGUUUUCGAUGAACUGGUGCAUUCUAGCAUCCACGAGGGAAUGCGACUUGGGCGUGCUAAGGGCAUUUCCUUCUGUCACAACGACUCUCUUUCCUUGCGCCAGCGUUUAGAAGAUCUCCGGAACCAGAACACCGAGGUGGCAGAAGGUAGACAGGUCGUGUUCAUUGCGCUAGAGUCAAUAUAUAGUCUGGAUGGAGAUGUGGCGCCUGUCCAUGACUUUAUUAAGGUUGCCUAUGACGCUCUACCGCGAGGAAACUAUGUGCUGGCCAUCGACGAGGCCCAUUCAAACGGAAUUAUCGGCCCCAACGGAUCAGGGGUAGUCUGUGAAUACGGACUCGAGAGCGAGUUUGCCAUCCGAUUGCAAACCUGCGGGAAAGCUCUGGCGUCAGCAGGAGCGGUGGUCCUAUGCAACCAGACAAUCAAACAGGGCAUCAUCAACUAUGCGCGAAAUGUGAUAUUUACCACUGCGCCAACCUUUGUGACUGUAGCCGCUGUUCGAGCCGGCUAUGAAAUACUGACCUCGGAGGAAGGACAGAAGCGCCGGUGCCGUUUGCAGCAGAACAUAUGGUACUUUUACUGGACCUUGACAAGACACCCUCGAUGGGAGGAGAUGAAGCAGCGAGGCAUCCUUUACCUGCCUACUGAGAGAACAUGGUAUACCAGGCCGUUCAAGUCUCCGAUAAUCCCAGUCAUAACAAAGGCCGGUCAGGCUGGCAAUCUGUGCAAAAGACUGCGGCGAGCUCGGUAUUGGGUGAACUCGGUGGAGUUUCCCAGCGUGCCCAAGGGCACAGGUCGAGUCCGGCUUAUGAUCCACGCGGACAAUACUCGGGAGGAGAUGGAUGGAGUGAUUCAAUUGAUCAUGAAAUGGGCUACAGACCGUGCAGGGCCGGCUCAACCGGUUGAGUUGAUGGCGAAAAUGUGA